UUUUAAUACCAUAAUUAAAACAAUUGCUAUGCAGAUAUGUUGCCAUAACUUUGAUCUUAAUUGAACGUCGAUAUUUCAGCCACACACAGCUGUAUAAUCUUUGUAGUAUGCUAUAAUUAUCCGAACUUAACCAGUUCGAUUCAGCCCUUAUCUAAACAAGCUCACACACUUUUCAAUGAACUUUUACCCAUCAGACAAUAAUUAGUUCAGUGAUAAUCAACUUGGUGACAUAUCAAUUAAUGUAGCGUUCCGUCGAUCUGGAACCGGUCCAAUGUAGACGCAUCAAGUACGGAGCCAAUAUCUGAUGUCAGAGUAAAUUUAUAAUCACGCAUAUUUAUUGAUUUUUGACAGUAAGGUUUCCAUCACUCAGAUAUAAGUUGUUCAGUGCCCUAAGAAGGGAUAUCGACUUUGUCUAUGGCUCGUGCAUGCGUCAUCGGAGCCGGCGCCGCUGGUUUGUGCACCGCUCGCCACCUGCUUGAGGAGCCCUGCGUCAGCCAGGUAGACAUCUUGGAACAAGCGCCGCAGCUCGGGGGCACCUGGGUAUACACCGAAAACGUUGGCUACGAUGACUUUGGACUUCCUAUUCAUACAAGCAUGUACAAAAGUUUGAGGACUAAUCUCCCGAAGGAAAUCAUGGGAUUCCCGGACUUCCCAGUACCUGAAAGCGACAAGUCUUACCUACCAGCUAAAGAUAUGCUGGCCUUCUUACAGCUGUAUGCUGACAGACAUGGUGUCACGGAAAAGAUAAGGUUCAGCCACCACGUGCAGCUAGUGAUUCCCAAGCAAGGACCUUCUGGAGAACUCUGGGAUGUGACCUUCAAGAACAUGACCACUGGAGUCACGGAGACGAAGGAGUACGACUACGUGUUCGUCUGCAACGGCCAUUAUAACACGCCCUUCAUACCACACAUACCAGGGCUGAAGGAAUUCCAAGGUGACGUCAUGCAUAGUCACGACUACAGGGUACCGGAAGUGUUUUCUGACAAACGGGUCCUAGUCAUUGGUGCCGGACCUUCUGGCAUGGACAUCGCUUUGGAGCUCACCAGCGUCUCCAAAAAAGUGAUCCUGAGUCACCAUCUUAAAGAACAUCCCCGGACCGUGUUCCCUGAGAACUUGGAACAGAAACCAGAUGUGGAGAGGCUUGAUGGUACUAAGGCAUGCUUCCAGGAUGGCAGCGAAGAGGAAAUUGAUGUAGUGUUCUUAUGUACUGGUUACCUGUACAACUUCCCAUUCCUCCACGAGUCGUGCGGCAUCGUGGUAGAGGAGAACUGCGUGGAGCCGCUCUACAAGCACAUCGUGAACAUGAAACACCCCUCCAUGUGCUUCAUCGGGGUGCCCUACUACGUCUGUGCCUUCUCCAUGUUCGAUCUACAGGUUCGAUACUACGUGCGCUCAAUGAACGGAACCUUCAGACUGCCGAACCCUGAGCAGAUGGCGGAACACUGGGAGCAGGAGAAGAGGGACCGUGCGGCUCGAGGGUUCACGAAGCGGCAAGCGCAUAUGAUGGGACCAGACCAGGAAAAAUACUACGCCUCAUUAGCAACAGAAGCGAAGACCAAGACUCUUCCGUCCGUUAUGACUAAGAUUAGGGACGAGAGCUCGAUCCGUUUCCUGCACAACCUCAAGCACUACCGGCAAGACGUGUACAAGAUCAUCGACGACGAUACCUACGAGAUCAUCAGUAAUGGGAAGAGGGAAGUCAUUUGUUGAGCCUCAACGGACAACUUACUUAAUUAGUUCUAAGGUUUAGUUCUAGCUCUACACUUAACUCGAAUAUACAUAGGUACUUCUGUAGUUAUGACAGCCUGGUAGCUAAGGUAAAAUCUUUUUUGUGUCUAAAAUUGGAUUUUUCAAUGUUUUCCUGUUUUAGCUUGUAUUUAUUUUAUAAUGUUAUUUUCAGACAUGUAUUAAUUACCAUCAUACGAAUAAUAAAGUCUGAUAUGGUUAUAAGUUGUUUCAAUAAAACACAAAAAUUCA